AUGUCUGCCUCCGAAUCAGACGUGGUGAAGGCGGCCAGCCUGCCAAGCCCGGCCAUGGUUCAGUUUCGCGACAAUAUAUCUCAGCCUGUGGUCGCUGCGUUUUGCGCAGGGGGCGUGGCUGGUGCGGUUUCCCGAACAGUUGUCUCCCCCCUGGAGCGAUUGAAGAUCCUCAUGCAGAUCCAAAGUGUUGGGCGGGAUGCAUACAGGAUGUCUGUUGGCCAGGCAUUAAAGAAGAUGUGGCAAGAGGAGGGUUGGAGAGGCUUCAUGCGUGGUAAUGGAACCAACUGCAUCCGCAUAGUCCCCUAUUCCGCUGUCCAGUUCAGCAGUUACAACUUCUACAAAAGGACCAUAUUCCAAUCUCCAGAUGGUGCUGAUCUCGCGCCCCUGACUCGCCUUGUAUGUGGUGGCAUCGCUGGUAUCACAUCCGUCGUCUUCACAUAUCCUCUCGAUAUUGUCCGCACUAGACUAUCGAUCCACUCCGCCAGCUUCGCAGAACUCGGCAGCAGACCUCAACAGUUGCCUGGCAUGUGGGCUACACUCACCCAUAUGUAUAAGACCGAAGGCGGCAUGUCUGCUCUCUAUCGAGGCAUGAUUCCCACAAUCGCUGGCGUCGCACCAUACGUUGGCUUAAAUUUCAUGGUUUAUGAGUCAGCCCGGUCUCUUCUUACUCCCGAAGGAGAGAAGAACCCGAAUGCAGUCAGAAAACUGCUGGCUGGUGCCAUCUCCGGCGCUGUCGCUCAAACGUGCACAUAUCCCUUCGAUGUCCUUCGCCGGCGCUUCCAAAUCAACACAAUGUCUGGAUUAGGCUAUCAGUACAAAUCAAUUUUCGACGCUGUUCGAGUUAUCGUAAGCCAAGAAGGAAUCAGGGGCUUAUACAAGGGUAUUGUUCCAAACCUUCUGAAAGUUGCUCCUAGCAUGGCUUCAAGCUGGCUCAGCUUUGAGAUGACACGCGACUUUCUACUCGGAUUGAAGCCGGAAGAGGACAACCCAGGUUCUCUGUAA